CAACAUUUUUUCCUCCAUCCCAAAAGUGGGGGAUGGUGAACGCUAUUUGGUUUGUUCUAACUUUUCCUGUAAGAAACUGGAACGGAGCAAAUCUUGGCGCUGAACUUACAAAAAGAAACUUUUGUUGACAACUUUUUGCGCACCGCAAUUGUACGAUGAACAGAUUUUCAACAGUAUGUGCCCGAGAACGGAGGCAUAAAAAACUUUGGAAUCGGACUAAAAGGUGUUUCUUUUAAUAGGAAAUUUUGUUUAAUCGCGAUUCUAUGUCGUAUCCAAAAUUUGUCGUGUUUUGAAAACUCAACGCGCAUCGCGCACGAGUGGAGCUCGCAAGUUUAUUUGGAAACAUUUGAUGAAACAUCGCUACUUUGUUGCGUCUCCAAGAUGUCCUCCAAGCGCCCCUGCUCCAUUGUUGGAAGCUUUUGGAUGCUUUGGAUCUGGACAGCUACCUCUAUGGUCGCCAGGGCGGUCAUCUUGCACCCAAAUGAAACUAUCUUUAACGACUUUUGUAAGAAAUCUACAACUUGUGAAGUGCUAAAAUACAAUACGUGCCUAGGCUCGCCUUUGCCGUACACGCACACGUCUCUGAUUCUGGCUGAAGACUCAGAAACUCAAGAGGAAGCCUUCGAGAAAUUGGCCAUGUGGUCUGGGUUGAGAAAUGCUCCUCGCUGUUGGGCCGUCAUUCAGCCGUUGCUGUGUGCCGUUUACAUGCCAAAGUGUGAGAAUGGAAAGGUGGAGCUGCCCAGCCAGCACCUGUGCCAAGCUACACGCAAUCCAUGCAGUAUUGUGGAGCGGGAGAGGGGCUGGCCCAACUUCCUAAAGUGUGAAAACAAGGAGCAGUUCCCUAAGGGUUGCCAGAAUGAAGUACAGAAGCUCAAAUUCAACACUUCAGGCCAAUGCGAGGCUCCGUUGGUCAAAACCGACAUCCAGGCAAGUUGGUAUAAGGAUGUGGAAGGCUGUGGGAUCCAGUGCGACAACCCUCUGUUCACAGAGGACGAGCACUCAGACAUGCAUAGCUACAUCGCCGUCUUCGGUACCAUCACUCUCCUCUGUACCUUCUUCACACUGGCCACAUUUCUUGCAGACUGGAAGAAUUCCAACCGUUACCCCGCUGUGAUCCUCUUUUACGUCAACGCCUGUUUCUUCAUUGGAAGUAUUGGAUGGCUCGCUCAAUUCAUGGAUGGAGCCCGCAAUGAGAUAGUAUGCAAAAGCGACAACACUAUGCGACUUGGAGAGCCAUCAUCCACCGAGACGCUGUCAUGCGUGAUUAUCUUCGUCAUUGUGUAUUACUCGCUUAUGUCUGGAGUUAUUUGGUUCGUUAUGCUCACUUAUGCCUGGCACACAUCAUUCAAAGCCCUUGGCACCACCCAUCAGCCUCUGUCUGGAAAAACGUCCUAUUUCCACUUGGUCACGUGGUCUAUUCCUUUUAUACUGACCGUUGCUAUACUGGCCAAUUCACAGGUGGAUGCAGAUUCAGUUAGUGGCAUUUGCUUUGUCGGCUAUAGGUAUUAUGAAUAUCGUGCCGGGUUUGUUCUGGCUCCUAUUGGGUUUGUCCUUGUUAUUGGUGGCUAUUUCUUGAUACGAGGGGUUAUGACAUUGUUUUCCAUUAAAAGCAACCAUCCAGGGCUGCUCAGCGAAAAAGCUGCCAGUAAAAUCAAUGAAACCAUGCUAAGGCUUGGCAUAUUUGGAUUCCUGGCUUUUGGUUUUGUCCUGAUUACAUUCGGAUGUCAUUUUUAUGACUUCUUCAAUCAAGCUGAGUGGGAAAGAAGCUUCAGGGAAUAUGUUCUAUGUGAAGCUAAUGUCACCAUAGCUCACCAGACCAACAAGCCGAUCCCAGAAUGUGCCAUCAAGAACAGGCCCAGUCUGCUGGUGGGGAAGAUCAACCUCUUCUCAAUGUUUGGCACAGGCAUUGCAAUGAGCACCUGGGUUUGGACAAAGGCAACAAUCCUCAUUUGGAAACGGACCUGGUUCAGAAUCAUUGGACGAAGCGACGAUGAGCCGAAACGCAUUAAAAAGAGUAAAAUGAUUGCCAAGGCAUUCUCAAAGCGAAAGGAACUCCAGAAAGAUCCUGAGAAAGAGCUGUCCUUUAGCAUGCACACAGUUUCCCAUGAGGGACCUGUGGCGGGUAUCAACUUUGACCUGAAUGAACCGUCGAUUGAGAUGUCUUCUGCAUGGGCCCAACAUGUGACCAAGAUGGUGGCAAGAAGAGGGGCAAUUUUACCGCAGGAUAUCUCAGUGACACCCACUGGAACACCCAUUCCGCCUCCAGAGGAAAGGAACAAACUUUGGAUGGUCGAAGCAGAAAUUUCUCCUGAAAUGAUGAAAAGAAAGAAGAAGAAGAAAAAGCGAAGGAAGGAAGUACGGCCAGCGGGUCCUGCAGCAGAUGAAGGGAAUCCUGCCUACCACCGGAGGGAGUUUGGCCCCAGUGCAGUGCCGCGUCUCCCAAAACUUCCUGGUCACCGGAGUCUGGUGGCUAACCUUUGGGAACAGCAGCGACAGCAGCAGGAGGAACAGGAUAUGCUACCUGGAGCCUUCCCAGAAUUCAGGCCUUCGUGUCCACUUCCUUACCAGGAUAGGUACGGUGGGCUGGGAUAUUUGCGCAAUAAACCCUCCAGUCUCCCUCUGGCCAAUCCCCUGACGCUAAGAGAUAGCAUGCAAGGAGAUUUAAGUCACUUCCAGCAAAGCUCAUGGCAACCUAAAGGGGUUUUCCGGCACCUUGGGCAGGAGGCUUCUAUGAUGGAUGUUGGCAGGACUGCGGUUGUGCCACGGGCAGAUGGCAGGAGGGGUGUACAAAUACAUUCCAGAACCAAUCUUAUGGAUGCUGAGCUAUUGGAUGCUGACUCAGAUUUUUAAGUCUUUGGAGUUACUGGUGCUCAUUCUGUGCAUAAAAACAAAAGGUGCUGGAUACUUACUCCAAACUAUCAACUAUGAGCAGAAGUGGGUUUGAACUGCUGUGCCGGCUCUGCUUGUGUAAAGGAUAAUAUUUUUUUGCAACCCUCAUGAUGUUAUGAAUUUUGAACUGGAUUUAUGAAACAUAAAAAAUAAAACAUUUGUGUUUUCGAUGUAGACAUACCGUGCAGUUCUGCACUUUUUUAUUGUGGCAACUCAUUUGGUUCAGUAGCCAAGUGAGCUAAGAUGACACUUUCUUGAAUUUUGACCCCUUUCACUGUUUGGAAAAAAGGUUAGGGGUCAUUCAUUCAUAAUACGUCUUUGCGCCUAAAAACAUGAAAUACAAAAAAGCCUCUUUCGCUAUGUUACUUUUAAAUAAAACAGUCAUAAUGUUAAUUUCCUAUUGUAAACAUAAGCUUGUAAUUCUUGUCCCACCUCAGAGUUCUUCUGAUUGGUCCUCUGCUUUGGAGCAGACAUUGAUGACUGGCGCUGCUUGUAAAAGUUGAAACUCUUUUUCACUUGGCAUCUGAAAAAUACAGCAUUCAUGUGUGAAACAUGAAAGACGCAAGAUCAAUGGGCAUUUAUGUCAGUUUAUGGUGUUUACAUACACAAACAAUGGAAAAAAAGCACAUGGAAAUGGGUAAAUCAUGCUGUGUG